UUAAAAUAAAAUAAUAGGAGUAAUAUAUUUUAGAUUAUAUUGAAAAAAGAGAGUUAUAGCAACAUAUUUGAUUUUCUUGGAAAAAAGUUUUCUCUCGGCCAAGCCCAAUGCUGUAUUAUUUAAUUGACCUUGUUUAAAUCCAAAAUACCUAACCUUAAUAAACAGUGGGAAUAGCAGAGCGCAAACUGGACCUACAGAAUGAUGGCACACCGCCUUUCUACUCCUCUAUCCCGCCGACUCUCUUCUCCUUUCAGUAGUGCCGCCACGACCACCAGCAAAGGCAAAGUUCCUCUUCUUUACAAAAGCCCGGAAAUCAACGAAGAGUCGGGAAAGGAAGCCGUAACACUCCAAGUCCUUUCAUGGGGUAGAGGGGCAUCAGGCCAGAUAGGCGGUGGCAUUGAAGAAAUCAGAAUAUACCCUUCUCCAGUAGCCAAUCUCCUCUUUCGAACUGCUUCUUUUUCUCUCUCCCCAACCCCAGGUAAAAUCUUUAAUCAACAGCAAAGCCAAAAUCAAAAGGAACAAACUUUGCAUUCAGUUGGUAUAUCAUGUGGGUUGUUCCAUUCGGGUUUGGUUGUGGACGGGAAGUUGUGGAUGUGGGGAAAAGGUGAUGGAGGUCGUCUUGGUUUUGGCCAUGAAAAUCCUGCUUUUUUGCCUACUUUGAAUCCUUACUUGGAAUCUGUUUUCUCUGUUGCUCUUGGUGGUCUUCACUCUGUGGCUCUCACUUCCCUCGGUGAAGUGUUUACUUGGGGUUAUGGGGGUUUUGGUGCACUUGGGCAUCGUGUUUAUCAUAGAGAACUCAUCCCAAGAUUGGUAGAAGGUAAUUGGAGUGGAAAUAUAUGUCAUAUUGCAACAAGUGGAACACAUACUGCUGCUAUCACCGAAUCAGGAGACUUAUACAUGUGGGGCCGAGAAGAAGGGGAUGGUAGAUUAGGCCUUGGUCCUAGUCGAGGCCCAAAUGAGGGAGGUGGACUUAGUAUCCCUUCCAAAGUGAAAGAAUUACCAACUCCUAUGGUUGCAGUUUCCUGUGGUGGUUUCUUCACAAUGGCAUUGACAGAGGAGGGACAACUUUGGAACUGGGGUGCAAAUUCCAACUAUGAGCUUGGAAGAGGUGAUAAGGUUGGUGGUUGGAAACCAAAACCAAUUCCUAGCCUUGAAAGUAUUCGUAUCAUUCAGAUAGCAAGUGGUGGAUAUCAUUCUCUUGCAUUAACAGAUGAAGGUAAAGUACUUUCAUGGGGCCACGGUGGGCAUGGUCAGUUGGGUCAUUCUUCUAUAGAAAAUCAGAAAGUUCCUGUAAUAAUUGAAGCUUUGGCUGAUAAGCGUGUUGUCUAUAUUGCCUGUGGAGGUUCAUCUUCAGCUGCUAUAACUGAUCAAGGAAAAUUGUACAUGUGGGGGAAUGCAAAAGAUUCACAACUGGGUGUUCCUGGGCUACCGGAGGUUCAACCAAGUCCUGUUGAAGUCAAUUUUCUAAUGGAGGACGAUGGAUUGGGACCCCACAAUGUGCUAUCUGUUGCAGUCGGUGCAUGUCAUGCCAUGUGUUUAGUGUUGAGAUCACAGUCCUAAAGAUGAUCUGAUACAGACCUCUUCAGCUAAUAAACAUCAGGAGGAAUGAAUCUAUUGCAACAGAGCUGCAAUUUUGUUUUGGAAGGACACAGUUCCAAGAUUGAGUUCAUGCCAAAAUAUUUUUGAAUGAGGUUAGGCAAUAGCAUUAAAGAAGGUGAUAUGUCCAUUCUCCUGACUCUGGAAGUUGCUGCCUCUGGCUGGCGUGUUACACAAACUCUUUGAGAUUUCAAUGAAAAAACUAACAGACUUGUACUAUGAAAGGAGACAAAAUUGACAUUGCCGUCACUUAACGCAGAAUAUCAAAAGCUGAUCUAAUGUGUGCAAACUGUAAACCAUGACUGGCAAAUUACCUGUAUCUCUGAUUUACAUUUUGGCUGUCUUAUUUCUGGAUACAAGAGAAAGUAAUGCAGCUCGAACAUAAUGAAAGCUUCAUCAAUGAGUGAAAGUCAGCCAUGAAACCUCAUUUCACGUGAUUUCUUGCAACUCUUAUUUGGUACAUAUAGAGUUGUAGACUAAGGGUUUAUUGGAAUG